GCCGAGCUCUGGAGGCAAAGCGCUUGGAGAAAGAAGAGGCGGAACUUCAACUAGCACUAGAUGUGAGUCUGGCAAAACAGUCUUCGGUGAGAAUGGAGAAAGCUAAGAUCGAAGCUGAAGCCCUGAGAAUCGAAGAGGAAAAUGAGAAGCGCAAGAUAAAAAUGGCUCAACUAGAACAGGAAGCUAAGAGGAUGAGGAAUAGAAAGGAGACGAUGAACUGUGCUCAAGCUCACGAGGUCAACUUUGCAGCACAGGGCGUGGUUACGCCUGGUGAUCAAAACUACAACCACAACAACAACAACGAACCUGCUAGCACAUCUCGAUACAACUUAAGUAACCGCCCAGUGCACAUUGACGGAGGAGAGGAAGGAUAUAACAACGAGGAGAAAGGUCAGAAGAAAGGCCGCAGCCGUGGUGGGAAGAGCAACAACUACGAGGAAAAGGAGCAUCAACGACUAAGACGACGCUGCACGCCUGACGAUCCCCCGGCAGUAUAUCGCGCUGACCAGUAUAACAGAUCUUUGGAUCGACAACAAGAUGACCAUCACCACGAUCGGGAUGGGUCUUCGUCGUCUUUCUACUUCAUUGGUGACGAUCAGGACAAUAACUACUGGAACGAGGCUGAGCAAUGGGGAUGUGAUGAAAAUGGUGGACAGUGGGGAGAAGAUGGAGUAUACCGCGUGAGUAGCUCAAGAUGGGUUGGUGAUGGUGGCUUGGUGCAUGAAGUUAUUGAAGAGGAAGAGGAUGAAGAGGAUGGUGGAAUUACUCCUCUUUACCCGAGCAGCAGCAAGAACGACAACAACAACAAUAAAACACAGGAGGCUGAUCAGCAGAAGGAGAUGAUGGUCGCUGAGGAGGAAAAACAACUACAGCAGGCACUCCACAAGUCCAUGGCUGAGCAUGAUGAAGCAAAAAACUUUUAUUGUACUCCGGGUGCAACUUCUUCACGAGCUACAGCGGAAAGCCAGGAAGCUGCGCUUAAGCAACAAAAGGGGCAAAAUCACAGCUCUGGUCUUAUCGGUGGCGCUAGUUCUAGUGCGUCUAGUGGGAAGAAAGGUGGCGCUGGUCAGGGUCGUUCCGCUAAUAAUGGAGGUCGGGGCGGUAGUAACAACAACAACGAGAAUCAAGGCAAAGGUGCUAGAGGUGGCGAACUUGAUGAGUAUGGGCAGGAGAUGGAGGAGGAGCAACAGAUGGAACCUUCCCAGCGGAAUAGCGAGGAAUGUUCGGCACGCUCACAACGUUACAACCAAAGGAACGCCAAGAAGCGGGGCCAAGUGCAAUUCCAGUAUUGACUAUUGCUCUAGGAGAACUAGUGGAAAUAGAUAAGCUUUUGUGGAAUGAACUGUUUACUUUUUCCGCUAAGUGGACGGACCAUCAUUUUUGGAUUAACAUCAUUUACAAGUUUCGUCUGAGUUGUAAUAAGCUGGAAAAAAUACCCAAUAUGCAGACAAGAUAUAUUCAAUCUAAGUUAGCUUACAAACUGUUUUCAGCCCUUGCCGCCUUCGUGUUUAAGAAGUGCUUCCUAAAAAAUAAGUGUAUCCGAUGCAAGAUAGUUAAGUGUAAGUGUCAUAUUGUGCUAGAACAAGCAGGGAGGAAAGGUUGGUUUUGGUGGCAUGAUACAACUACAGUGGACCCGUUUUGUGUCUCUAAGAAAGGUAGUCGGAUAAUAGGCGAAGGGAGUAGAGUUAAGGACGAACUUACUCCUUCUACAGUUACACAGCACAACAUUCUGGCCAUAACUAAAAGAAGACUCUUUAAGAUACAGUACUGCAUCGGUAAUUCUAUCUUGGUGACUUCUAGAACUAGGCACGACAGGAACUUAAGUAGGAAGGUUAGAGCGUGCAGGGAGGUUAGUGACCUGGAGGGAACUGAAGGUGAUGACUCUCACUAGAACAUCAUCUACUUAGCCUUUAGACCUGGGACUAAGUAUAAAUAUGUAGGCAUUACGCAGAAGGGAAGGAUGGAGAGAGUAGAAACGCACUGGUCUGGGACAAUUGCGGAGACUAGGGGUGGGUCCUUUUCUUCUAAACUACACUCACUUAGGGACUUUUUUGCCUUCAUAUUUAUACCGGUUUUUUAUGCUAAAGUUAGCUGUAGAAUUAAUCUAGAAGCCGCUGAAGGUUUUGCGAUUAACUACUUUAACGCGGAUAGGAACACACGAAAAAGAAUCACGGAAGCUGGUGCGAAGAGAUAUGGCGUGGUAAAAACAGUUUUGGUUACACGUAAGUGUAGGAAGUUUAAGAAACAGAGAAACACGGUUGAAAAGGAAAGUUACGAGACGCCUAGAGCUAUAGAAAAAAUACUCAGGACCGUGGAGUAUGGUAAAAGAACGAAGACAAGAACUAUGCUAGUACUUAAACUCGCUAGAGAUGCGCAGACCACUAUCUCCGACAAAAGGACUGUUCAGAGGAUGACUAACUACGAGAAAGGAAGGUUAGACUAUGCAGCUAGAAGCAUUCUUACUCCGUGCAAGUACUCAACUUUUUCAAAAAACUUUACUGACAUUUGUGGAUCUGCCUUUAAGCCACUUAGAAUCUCCAUUCCUGUUUGGCCUGCGACGAAUGAAGUCAUGAAUGCUUACGUUAGUAUUGUGCAUGACUGUAUGAGAAAAGGAGAUAGAGUCAGAUAUGCUUCUGAGCGUAGACGUAGAAGAACACUUUGUGGGUACAAAGCUCGAGACGAGCUGGUAGUCCUAUCCUUUCGUAGACAGAAACUACUUCGACUUUCUGACGUAGUUAACUCUAAGUGGGAAGAAGUGCGCCAGAUUCUACAAGAUUCACCUCAAGGAGAAGAGCCUUGUUUUUGUGAGGAGAUUCGUGAGAUGGUUCCUGGAAUUAAGACCACUAAAUGUGGGCACGUUUGUUGUGACCUUCGUACACUCCCUGCUCUUUCAUGUAAGACGUUUUGGAACAGGAGUGGGCGUUUUUGUCCUACUGAAGAACAGAGUAUAAAGGUUUUUAGAAAGAACUUAGAGAAAUUAAGCGGUUGCACUAAAGCUUGCGUUGAGCCGUAUUUUUAUAAGAAGCAGGUUGAAACGAUUAGAAAAGAUGUUAGAGAAGGCGGUAAGGGUUAUAAGACUAUCGAGGACAUUAGUCCUAAGCUCUUAGAAGUAGCUAGAAGAACAGUAGUGGGGGACGUAGAUAAAAGCAAAUCAGCUUACUUUUGUUGUUUCCAGGUAAUCAGCCGGGUCAUACGGAGCCAUAUGGAAAAAAGCGGUGCCUAUGUUAGAAUGGAGGGAUGGGCCUCAUUGGAGGAGUAUAACCCGGAGUUUUUUGAGGUUAACAAGAAGGACACAAGUUUGACACUGAGAAGAAGAAAGCAUAAGUGGUGUUUCUUAAAGGUUAUGCUCAAGGAUAGAGUCUUUAAAGAUAUAGGAGAGAGCAUCGAUAUUGAUGCCAUUGCUUACAGACCUCUGACGAGCUACUACUCACAUGCGUGGAAGCUGAUAUUUAAACGUGCAGCACAGGUUGUGGACUGGUUGAUUAGCAAGGAAGCUAGCAUGGCGACUACUACUAAAGGGUUCCUGCAUAUCGUGAAUAAUUAUAACGACCGAUGUCUGGAGUUUGUUGCUGAUCUUAUGGAGGAAAAGGGUUGCUCUUUUGAGGAAGCAUUCUUACAGCUUCCUGCUAUCGAGGUGGAGACCCACGACAUUAAAGACUUUUUUACUGCCUGCAAUACAAAAAUAGCAAUACAAUUAAUUAGAGAAAGAGUGCAGCACUACAAAAAGCAAGGCUUUAAGUACUUUGUCCUACAGACUGAAAAAGCUUACGAAAAAAGAGUUCAAUACCACAACACAACGAGAAAGCAGAUCAUUAAAGCUAACACUACUGUUGACUUUAGCGUUGAAAAACCGAGAAGGGAGGUCUCUGUGUCUAAGUUUAAACCUAUUUUUGCUCACUGGAUUAGUCUCGAUGGUCUUAGAAAUAUUCUACAGCAUGACAUUAGCCAUGUUUUCGUUCGAUCGCAUGGCAAGCUGUUUAGGCAAGUUAGUGGCGGCCCUAUGGGUUCCCCAACGAUGUGCGCACUGGCUAACAGUUUCGGAUGUCAGCAGGAGAGAGUUUGGAGGUCUAAAGUGAGCAAAGAGGAAAGGCCGAGCAUGCACAAGAGAUACGUUGACGAUUCUUUCUCCAUUAAGCUCAAGACACUAGCACAAGGCAAAUACCCAACAUACCAAGGCUGUAAACUUAAGGAUACUACUGCUGAAGCUGAGUUUUUAGGUAUGAACUUUACUACUUUCAUGGAUCGACUAAUCUCCUUGAAACCUAAGCACGAAAGUAUGUGGAAGGUCCUCCCACCCUUGUCAUACUUAACGAACACACAGAGAAAAGGACUGGAAAGAGGAAAACUAGUAAGAAGGAAGCUUAACUCGACGCAUUUUCAGACAUAG